UUUUCAGUCUAUUUUCACAUUCGCUAGUUAGGGUUUUAAAUAAAAUAUUCUUCUUUUGGAAUAUAAAAACUAGCGGUUGAGUUCAUAAAUAAUACAAAAGAAAACAUGAGAUUCUAUGUAGCUGUAUUAAUCGCAGCUGUGACUGUAAAUUGUCUCGUGACGGCAAUAAAUGCUGUAGAAGCCACCGAUACAGUGGAAGUGCCAUACAUUGAUAUGCUGUUGCCACCAUUGGAAGAUGUACAAGACAGCAGCAAAGAUGCACCAGCUAAAAUUAAUGUAACAGCCAAGGCAACGCCUGCACCGAUAAAAACUACUAGCACAACAACGACAACGAAAAAACCCAUAACUAAUGAGGUGAAUAAUAUUUUACCUGAACUAUCGAUUGAGGCUUUGUUGCCACCUUUAUUUGAGGCUAAAAUUGAGAAGGAAGAUACAAAAAAGACAACAACACAAAAACCUACCACCACAACAACUACGACGACAACAACAAGAAGGCCUACAACCACUACGACUAAGACCACCACCACUACUACCGCUAAACCUUUAACUACGACCACUACUACGGUAAAACCUUCAAAAGUAGAAGUACCUGAUUUAUUUUUGGAUUCUUUGCUGCCACCCCUACUUGAUAAUGAAAUUGUUGAUGCUAAUGAAAACAAAGUUGUUGUAACCACACCAAAACCCAUUAAAACUACUAAAAAAUCAUAUUAUCAACAACAAAAAGAUCUUCUCGUAAAUGAUCAACCUGAGGCACAUACCAAAAACUAUCAAAAACAACAACAAUUAAAACAUAUAUCAACCAGCCAUACCGACAAAGAUAUCAAAAACUACAAUAAACCAAUAGCUACCACCACCGCUUUUACUACUACCAAUGAUAAACAUGUUGCUGAAAGUAAAACUCUAACAAAACAAGUUUCUUUAGCCACACAAACGCCAAGCAUCAAGUUGCAAAGCAAGAUCGAAACUAUGGCUAAGCAACAUGUAACUAAACAAGUAUCUCAACAUAAACACUCAACCAGCAACUCUCAAGCCAACGGUAAACAAUUUAAUAAUUACAGCUUCGAUUUAUACUUCGGUUCGACUACACCAAGGCCACCCAAAAGUGGUCUACCAACAAUUACUCCAUUCCCUCAUCGUUUGGGAAGAUAAACGAAUGGUUCUUAUUACACUACAUUUUUAAGACUUAAUUUAUUAUAAAUACUUCACAAAAAAAAACAAUAA